UUGUUUUAUCUGAUGAUGGAGAAGUCAAUAUUUAUAAUACUUAUCUUUCUCUCUAUUCAUGGAUACCUUGCUCUACCUGCAAAGGAUGAAACUGAGGAAAACAACUUAUAUCCCAGUACCACAUCUGGAAAGACAUCCAGUAUUUUACGGGAUAUCCUUAAUCAAGAAUCAUUGGUGCGCUUUUCCAUGGUGCAAAAGAUUCAGAAUCUGGUAAUGGAUGCAAUAGACAGCAAAAACAACACCGAGAUAUUGAAAAAUAAGCUCGUUUAUCUAGGAAAAGAAUUGAACGCACUUGAAGCGAUGGAUCAGAGACUUGAACAAGAUAAUGCGAAACUUCAACAAGAAUUAAGUGCCAUCUAUGAAAGAAUAAAUGACACUCAGAACCACAGUCUUGCAAGCAUUCAAAGACUUAAUGACACUGAGAUAUAUCUUCUGAAAAGACAAUUCUUAGCUCUCCGCAGAGAAAAUGAAGUAGUUAAAUUAGAAAAUUUAAAAAUGAAGGAACAACUAAAUGUUGAUGUAAAUACAGCUAGGAAUGAAACUUCUACUCUGAAAGUGCAGUAUGAAAAACUCUUACAGAAAAAUGAGGCAUUUGAAAGCAAUUUACAUCGAAUGGAGAAAGAGAUAAAGUCAACAAACAUUGAUUCUCGUCUGAUGAUGAUUGAAGACAAAUUUUCGAACUUUUCCCGCGCCGUGGAUAAAGCUCUGAAUGAUAUCCGUAAGGAUCAAAAUGCAACCAACAUACAGAAGCUGAGUUUUCUUUCUGCGGUCAAUUCAGAUGGUGGAUCAGUUGUAGCCUUCACGGCCUAUGCAAGUUCAGGCAAAGAUUACAACUCAGAACCGAUCAUAUUCAACUCUGUUAUCACCAACGAGGGUGGUGCUUACAAUAGUAACACUGGUAUUUUCACGUCGCCUGCUGUUGGCGUUUAUGUUUUUACUUGGACACAUCUGACAAGAUAUGGUCAGUACUGUCAUGCCUAUUUAAGUAAAAAUGGCACCAUUCAAAACAUAGAUGCACAUACAAAUUUAAGUGGACUAAGUUCAGGAGUAUAUACAAUGGCGACAAUGAGUGGAACACUUCACCUCUCUAAAGGAGAUAGGGUUUGGAUUCAAGCUAACCAUUGUUAUGGUUUCUUAGGUGCACCAUAUAACUCUUUUUCUGGAUGGAAACUUUGAUUGUUCAGCGAACAAAUUCAUUUACCUUACGUUUUGUUUGUUUGUGUUCAAAACACUGAGAUCUAGCUGACAAAGUUGAGAUAAAUUGAAAAUGAUA